CUCUCUCAACACACACACACACACACACACACACAGAGACACACACACGUUCUCCAAAACACAAAGCAGAAGUGGACAAAGGCGCAGAGUUUCAGUCGUCGCGGUUGGCUAUGGCUCAGGGCUCUGACAGCAAUGACACAAGUUACAAGUCCCCAUCACCUGGAAGCAGACCGAGCUCCUCAGACGAUGCGAAGAAGGUGAUGCGGAGGGAGAAGAACAGAAUCGCCGCUCAGAAGAGCAGGAUGAGGCAGACUCAGAAAGCCGACAGCCUUCACCUGGAGAGCGAAAACCUGGAGAAGGAGAACGCUGCCCUGAGGAAGGAGGUGAAACAGCUGACUGAGGAGGCCAAGUACCUGACCUCCGUGCUGAGCAGCCACGAGCCCCUGUGCACCGGCCUGACUCCUCAGACCCCCGACCUCCUCUACCCUCCACAUCACAGCAGCUACCACCAGCACAUCGCUGUACCACACUACCAGCACUGACGCGACUGACUACUGAAGACGUGCUGCGAAACAGAUGACUGACCUCAACGGAGAGAGAGAGACUGACUGGAGAUGUGUCUACAAAUGAUAACCAUUGUUUAAACUGGAUCAAGGGGCAA